AUGACUUCAACGCCCCAUCUGCGAUCAGCACCCUCACCAGCUACCCCCGCCUCCACCUCACCACUGCUCUUCAGCAUCCUCAAUACCCUUACCUAUCCCCACAUCCUCUUCAUCGGCGUGCCCUCUCUCGCCUACUCCACCCUCAAGUAUCUGCUCUCCCCCCGACCCUUCGCCAGCUGGUCCCUCUCCGAAGCACUCUUCAUCAGGUACAAGAAGGUCCAGAACGGUCCUUCAUCCUUCGUCCUCCCUCCUCUCCCGCCCUACUCCGAAGAAUGGACCGUACCCGCUACACAAUUCAACACGGUGAGCCAAGAUGAGCUGAAGCGGAUCGACAUCGAGGUGGUCAGCGUUCCGCCUGUCCCUGCGGGGAUGCAGACGGGGAUAGCGCUCUGUCCGGGGGUGGAAUCGGUUCUCAGGCCGGGUUUUUGGUUGACACCUGAUACCUCCAAAGGCCGGGCGGACGAGAAGGCCAAAGAGGGGGAGAAGGUGGUCCUGCACCUCCAUGGCGGAGGAUACGUUAGAGGACACCCGCUCUGGAUCGAUUGCCCGCACGGGAUCGCCCUGACCCUGGACCAGCGUCUGUUCUCGAUGAACUACCGCAAGUGCCUAUCUGACUCCACCGCCUUCCCCGCACCCCUCCUCGACGCCCUCGCAGGCUACAUCUACCUCACACGCACCCUCUCCUUCCCACCCGAAGCCAUCACACUCAUCGGCGAGUCCGCUGGCGCCCACCUCUGCCUCAUUCUCUCCCGCUAUCUAUCAGACCUCUCCCUCCCGCAGCCAGGCCGACUGGUCCUCAUAUCCCCUUGGGCGGACUUUAUGAUGAACCCUGCCGAUCUACGAGGGACAUAUGCUUCUUACGCUGAUUACGACUUUCUCCUCCCCGAUCGGCUCGCGAUGGGCGCACGGUCGGCGACGAGGCACUAUACGCCGGAGAUGGUUAGAGGGGCGUACUUUUCGCCUGCGCUUGCGAGGGCGGGAGAGUACACCUAUCUCGGAGAUUGGGACGAUGCGAAGCGGACGAGGGUGAUGUUGGUCUAUGGGACGAAGGAGGUGUUUGAGGAUGAGGACAAGGCGGUCGUGGCGGGUAUGAUUCGGGAUAGGGUGGAUGUGGCGGUGUACACCGAUAUCGACGGGUGGCAUACCAAGGUCUCAGGCGAACCGGUCGCGAACAAGAAGUUCAGGCAGGGACUGCUUGAGUGGAGCAGUGCGGCCUGA